UCUUUGAGUCGGGGCGUCAGACUUCCAGGCUGCUGCGAGGCUUCAGGUUUGCCGGCGAGCGGGAGCAGAGUAACGAUCGGCAGCUGGAGGAGAACAACAGGAGCGGAGGAACCACGUGACGCCUUCCUCUCAGGAGAAAGACUCUUCUUCUGCCGAGCGAAGCUGGAGCCGCUGAGAACUUCACGUAAAUGAGGAUGGCAGGAUGAGCUGGACAGAAUUCAACCAAGGCAACGCACGUGAAGGAUUUUAUAUGCUGACAAAGCCGUUUUCUGAGCUGUUUUAAGUUGCUUUCAUUCCCAGCAGUAUGUAGCUGGUGAGACUUCAGCCCUGCUGGUGGAAUUAACAAGCUGAACUCACAACUGUGGACGUUUUCCGCAUGAACGUCUCUACUGCCUCGUCUCAAGAUGUCUAACAGCACUGCCCAGUACCCGUGCGAUAAGAGCGAUGACUUCAAGUACCCUCUGUACAGCGCGGUGUUCAGCCUGGUGUUUGUGGUGGGCUUCAUCUUCAACAUGGUGGCGGUGUACAUCUUCAGCUGCACGCUGAAGAUGAGGAACGAGACCACGACCUACAUGAUCAACCUGGUCGUCUCGGACUCCCUCUUCGUCCUCAGCCUGCCGUUCCGGAUCGUGUACUUUGUCCGGCGCGACUGGCUGUUCGGGAGCGUGCUCUGCAAGAUCUCCGUGGCGCUCUUCUACACCAACAUGUACGGCAGCAUCCUCUUCCUCACCUGCAUCAGCGUCGACCGCUUCCUGGCCAUCGUGCACCCGUUCCGCUCCCAGACGAUCCGCACUAAGAGGAACGCCAAGGUGGCCUGCUGCAUGGUGUGGGUGAUGGUUCUGUCUGGAAGCAUUCCCACGGGGUUUCUCCUGGACACCACGUCGCCCAACAACACUAACUCCUCCACACACUUCUGCUUUGAGAACUACUCAAAGAAGCAGUGGAAGUCAGAGCUGUCCAAAGUGGUGGUGUUCAUCGAGACGGUGGGCUUUAUCAUCCCGCUGAUGGUCAACGUCUUCUGCUCCAUCAUGGUGCUGCGGACCCUGAGGAAACCCCAGACGCUCACCCGCGGCGGGAGCCUCAAUAAAAAGAAGAUUCUGCGGAUGAUCCUGGUGCACCUGAUCAUCUUCUGCUUCUGUUUCAUCCCCUACAACGUCAACCUGAUGUUCUACGCCAUGGUGCGCUCCAAAGUCCUGAAGGGCUGCUACGCAGAGGACGUGGUCAGGACCAUCUACCCGAUCGCCCUGUGCAUCGCGGUGACCAACUGCUGCUUCGACCCGGUCAUCUACUACUUCACGUCGGAGACCAUUCAGAGCUCCGUCAAGCGGAAGUCCAAAGUGUGGUACAACGGCGCCAAGCUGCUGGACAGACUGCAAGGGGACAGCUCGCAGAGCAGCCCGUCCUCGACGCUCAGGACCCUGAGGACUCUGCGAGAGAAGGUGUUUGACAGCGAGUCCACCGUCUGAACGCUGGAUAAAUCGGCGAGUCCCGGCCCGGAACUCGAUCUGAAUCACAGGCGGAGGCAGAGUGGCCGAGAACCAACACAAACAAAGCGGUUGCUAAGGAGUCACUCCCAGCUGCUGGACACGCCAAGACUUAAGAGGAAGCGUUCCGACGCUGGUGUGUGGCGGCAUAAAAACCCCUUCAUCGGGGUGGCAACGCAAGGUAGAACUUACUCUUCCUCGUGAAAAGACAGGCGGUGCUGCGUGUGUGUGUUACUGUCACCAGCCUGAACCAGUAUUACAGCCGUUUCAUGUACUUUGAUGUGCUUUUCCAAACUGAUUCGUGAUUUUUGUCUCCAUAGAAACAUUUUAUAAGAACGCAUUACCUGUAUUUCUCGAGAGAAUUAAACAUUUGAAUAAGAAUUUCACUGCCUGUUCGAUUUGUUGUGAAGUCUU